UUCUGUUGGUCGGUUGUGUCACUUGACUUGAGGAAGGCAAAAAAAUGGAUGCACACCCAGAACGAAUGAUCUGACAUAAAACAAAUAUUGCACAAUCCAGUUGAACAGACGGGGUAGACAUUAUCGAGAGCAAAUUACAUGUAAUAAUCCGUGGACUAUGCCGGUUACAAUUUACAGUAUAUUUUAAGAAUAACCUCGAAAACAAUUGUCGGAAAGCCAGUUGUGCUCUUCUAAGUACCAUGGGCGAUGCUUAAUAACCUGCGUGACUCUUACGCACUGGGCUUCUGGAGGUCCGUCGGUGUGCACGGAUAUACGUGGCACGCAGCGAAGAAGCAGGCAGCCCUGUCCAGAGCUAGCAGCAGUCCUGCGGAGCAAUCUCGGCAGAGGAAGGCGUAGCGGAGCUUUGGGGCGGCCCGUAUCGCACUGGGUCACGGUGUGGAGCGCUGUGCGUGCGCGCGCAGAGCGUCAGGAAGCCCCGCGCGCCCCACUGUAUCCACGCCGAUGCUGAGCUCGCGGUAGGAGUAUCCCACAAUGCCCUUGUAGCGGCGGCGCCGGAGAUGGAUGCUCCUGUUGCCGCGGCUGUGGCUGGCCACCAUCGCGACGGCUUGUGCUACCAUUUCCAGUCGGCCGUUUCCUUCUGUCCGGCAGGUCUGCUGUGCAUGUGACCGUGCGGCGCGGCCGGCGAGAGCAGCCCCGGGCGCGCCGCUACCGUCCCCCGCCGGCAGCAGCUUCACCGUCGCUGCCGCUUCUUGGGGAGGGAAAGCAAGGGGCACACAGGAGGAAGGGGGUCCACUGCUAAAGCAUGGACCCCCUGGCCAAGCCUUGCCCUUCACAGGAGGAGAGGGGCUCCCAGGCGUAUGGGAAUAAUAGAGCCGCCUCGCUAGGGGCCACUGGCGGGGAGACGAGCGAGCGGAACCGCGGCAGGGACGAAGCCAUGGCCGGCGGGGACACUCUGGGAAGCUUUAACGACACGGACGAGUCCGUGGAGGAGAAGCUGAAGGGUCUGGUGUUUCGGAAGCAGACGUCCUACAGGAAGGCCAUAUCACGGUCCGGCCUGCAGCAUCUGGGUCCCAUCCAAAGCCCCCCCCUGAGCAACGGGCCGACCAAGGAGCUUCGCACCGCCGUGGACUGGAGUGAGACGGCAGUGAACGGUGAGCACUUGUGGCUGGAGACCAACUGCUCGGGAGAGCUGUGUUACCUGGGAGAGGAGACAUGCGUGGUGAAGAUCUCAAAGUCAGCGCCCCGGAGGAAAUGUGCAGCGUGCAAGAUAGUGGUGCACACAGCCUGCAUGGAGCAGCUGGAGCAGAUCAACUUCCGCUGCAAGCCCACCUUUCGCGAGGGGGGGUCUCGCUACACACUGCGGGACCAGAACACCCUGCGCCACCACUGGGUCCAUCGACGCCGCCAAGAGGGCAAGUGCCGUCAGUGCGGCAAGGGGUUUCUCCAGAAACUGUUCCACAGCAAGGAGAUCGUGGCCAUCAGCUGCUCCUGGUGCAAGCAGGCAUUCCAUAACAAGGUGACGUGCUUCAUGCUGCAGCAGAUCGAGGAGCCGUGCUCCAUGGGCGCCCACGCCGGCGUCAUCGUGCCACCCUCCUGGAUCGUCAAAGUCAGGAAGCCGCAGAGCUCUUUUAAAAACUCGAGCCGAAGGAAAAAACGGACAUCAUUCAAACGCAGGACCAGCAAAAAGGGAACUGAUGACUCCAAGUGGCGCCCGUUCAUAAUCAAGCCCCUGCCCUCUCCGCUGGUAAAACCCGUGCUGGUGUUCGUCAACCCCAAGAGCGGCGGGAACCAGGGCACCAAAGUGCUACAGAUGUUCAUGUGGAUCCUGAACCCCCGGCAGGUGUUUGAUCUCUCUCAGGGAGGGCCCCGCGAGGCGCUGGAGCUGUACAGAAAAGUGCCGAAUCUCCGAAUCCUGGCGUGCGGGGGUGAUGGCACGGUGGGCUGGAUCCUCUCAGCCCUCGAUGAGCUUCAGAUGAACCCCCAGCCCCCAGUUGCUGUUCUUCCUCUCGGGACAGGAAAUGACCUGGCACGCACCCUGAACUGGGGAGGGGGCUACACGGACGAGCCAGUGUCUAAGAUCCUGUGUCAGGUGGAGGAGGGCACGGUGGUGCAGCUGGAUCGCUGGAACCUCCAGGUGGAGCGGAAGUUCUCCCCAGGAGAGGAGGGCUCUCAGAAGCUGCCGCUGAAUGUCUUCAAUAACUACUUCAGCUUGGGGUUCGACGCUCACGUCACCCUGGAGUUCCACGAGUCCAGAGAGGCCAACCCUGAAAAAUUCAACAGCCGUUUCCGCAACAAGAUGUUCUAUGCAGGGGCUGCCUUCACCGACUUCCUGCAGAGGAGCUCCAGGGACCUGUCCAAGCACGUCAGGGUGGUGUGUGACGGAACGGACCUCACCCCCAAGAUCCAGGAGCUGAAGUUCCAAUGCAUCGUGUUCUUGAACAUUCCCAGGUACUGUGCGGGCACUAUGCCAUGGGGUAAUACCGGUGACCACCGUGAGUUUGAGCCUCAGCGGCACGACGACGGCUGCAUCGAAGUCAUCGGCUUCACCAUGGCGUCUCUGGCGGCGCUGCAGGUGGGCGGGCACGGUGAGCGGCUGCACCAGUGUCGGGAGGUGACCCUGACCACUUUCAAGACGAUGCCGGUGCAGGUGGAUGGGGAGCCGUGCAGACUGGCCCCGUCCACCAUUCGCAUCUCGCUCAGGAACCAGGCCAACAUGGUGCAGAAGAGCAAGAGAAGGACCUCUGUCCCUCUGCUCAACGACAUUCAGAAAGUGUGUGCCGCCGACCUCCGUCGUCUCUCCGCUCCCCCCGACUCCUUCUCCAUUCCCCACGCCGUCCCGGACCGCCUGCGUCUCCGGGUGAACCGGAUAAGUCUGCAGGAAUAUGAGAAACUGCAGUUUGACAAGGAGCGACUGCGAGACAUCUCCGCCCCGGUCGGCAUCGUCGUGGUGAGAGGAGACUGUGACCUGGAGACCUGCCGGCUCUACAUUGACCGACUGCAGGAGGACCUCCAUCAGGCCCCCCCAAGCGUCCACCGGGUACACUACCAGGAUGAGUCCAGAAGCCUGGUCCGGCCCGGCUCCGCCCACAGACUGUCCUCCAACUGGAGCUUCCUGGACUCAACGUCUGCCGACCGUUUCUAUCGCAUUGACAAGGCUCAGGAGCACCUGCAUUUUGUGACGGAGAUCUGCCAGGACGAGGUCUUCAUCUUGGACCAUGAGACCCCCAGCGUGGGGCAGGUUGGCGGCCCAGGAAUGCCGGACCUUGUAGUGGAACCAAGAACACCGCUGACUACUGAAGAACAAGCCCUGCUCACAGCAGCCUCCUUCGGAGACCUACCAAAGUUUUCCAGCUCCUGGAGCAGUGGGGUCAGUCUGCUGGUGAGAGACUCGGGGGGCUGCUCUGCGCUUCACCUGGCCGCCCAGAACGGACACGCUGCAGUCGUUGGCUUCAUCCUGGAGCACGGUUCCAAGAUUAUCCUGGAUUUAAUUGACAGUGAAACGGGAGAAACAGCUUUGCACAAAGGGGCUUCCCAGCACCAGCACACUGUAUGCCGCAUGCUAGUCGACGCUGGAGCUUCCCUCACUAAGGUCAACUUCCAGGGGAAGACACCCAAAGACAAGGCUCUUGAAUCCGGGGAUAUGGAGUUGGCCUCUUGCCUUGACAGCAGACAGCAGUAUAAGUGCAUCACACGCGAAGACCUGGAGACGGCAGUAUGAGGGAGUAACCUCUUCUCUUCCCGGAGGGAGAGCGGGCAAGUUCAGCCCCGCCGGAGAUCGACGCAGCUCGCUGGAGAACUGGAACGGGGGGGGGGGGGCACUGUGUGCGGAGUACUUUAGCCCUCUCCACCCCAAAAAGGGGCCAGCUGUCAGGAAGAGGCCUGUGCAACGCUGGCGAUCAGUUUGAUUCUUUCCGUUGGCGCCGCUGUGGCGGAAUUACUUCUGACGUUUAUUUAUUUAUUUAUUUAUGGAUUUAUUUAUUGCUUUAUUUAUUGAACGUCUGGCUGCAGCAGGGCCUGCGGAGGCUGUCGAUAUGAGCGGUGACACCACAAGGUUGUGGAUCCAUGAACCCUCUGGGUCUAGCAGCAGCUUGGAGCUCGGGCCCCUAUUUAACGGGACAUGCUGUAGAUGUGGUAACUGAUAUUUCUGAGCUUUCCUAUGGGACUUGGUGUGACUUUGAACACUGUAGGGCUAGGACCCUCUUGCAUUGUUAACACUACCACGUAGUGUCCUGCCACAUUAUAGAUAUUAAAUUGUAUGGCACUGCAUUAUUAAUUAACCUGCUGUGCUGACCCCACCAAUCUGCAUACAUGACACCUCCUCAUGUUUCCCACAGGUCAGCCCGUUAGCAAUGUCAGUGACGCUAUGGACCUCACAGAACAUUCCGCGUCUCACCCAGCCAGCCUCCCAGCUUGCUUUUACCUGUGAUCUUAUUGUCCUGUGAUUCAUAUUUUUGCUCCGACCCGACUGACGCUCAACACUGCAUUUGAUGGGUCCAAGGUUCACGGGUCUAGGCUUAGGCCAGACCUGAACAUUCCAUUAUGGUAUAUUUUUAAAUAAUUUUGACAGGAUUUUGAGGUCUUUUGAGAUGUCAGCAGUAUGACACACUGGGAGCUUGUAUUUUUGGGUUGGAAAUAUAUAAAUAUAUACAUAUACAUAUAUAAAAAACUUUUUUUUUCCAAUUUAGUUGCAUGUCUGACGGUGUGCUUAUAUUACUUGAUGAAUGUUACUGAACAGAUGUUAUUGGAUGUUUGUUACUGGAUGAAUGUUACUGAACAGAUGCUAUUGGAUGUUACUGAAUGAAUGUUACUGAACAGAUGUUAUUGGAUGUUUGUUACUGAAUGAAUGUUACUGAACAGAUGUUAUUGGAUGUUUGUUACUGGAUGAAUGUUACUGAACAGAUGUUAUUGGAUGUUUGUUACUGAAUGAAUUUUGCCUGGAUGUCUGUUAAGGAGUGUCUGAAUGUUCUUCCUCCUGCUCACUUGUUCUUGCCUGCCCAUGUUUGGCUUGAUAUUAAGGGUUGUUUCUUUCCUUUGGAUGUACAGCACCAGCCUCCCUUCUCUGUGCACUUCAGCCUGCUGUUUUUCACCAAAGGGGUGUUUUGGGAGGGGGGUCUCCACAACUGUUCCAUUGUGUUUGAGAGAUGUUCUCUACACUCCACCAGAGGCUACAGAGACUGACUUCAGCCCCUGGAAUAGACUCUACGUUCUCUUUCCAUGGGACACUAAAGAGGCCAGACACCUCCCUGGAUAAAAUUUCGAUGUUUUUGUUCCUAUCUUUCAAAAGACAAAAACUUUUAGCCCAGUCUUUUAGCCAAGUGUACCCAGAAGGUAUUUAUUCUCUUUAUGAAUUCUAUGGUGUUUAGUGUUGUUAUUGUGCAUAUUAAUAUUAAGGGGGGGAAAAAAGAAAAAAAAUCUGAGCCAUAUUCAAUGCAAUAUGAAAGGAUGAAAAUUGUUCAUUUAUAUAUUUAUGAUUCUGGAUUUUUUUUUUACAUUACAUUAAUGUUUUAAGGUGGUUGUUUGAAACACCACUAAGCUUUGUGAUGGAAUGUAUAUUUUUUAACCAGUGAAAGUGGGUGUUUUUCUGUUUUGUUUGUAUAUUUUGAAUUUUUCUUUUGUUUUCCUUUGACUUAUUUUAUCAAGCAAGGGGAUACCAGUUGUGAUGCGUUGAAAUCAAUCAGCUUGUAGAAAGCUUUAUGGACAUACAACACGAUGUGUUUAUUUGGCCGGUUGGUGUAUUUAUUGCGCAUCCAAAACUAAAUCGAAAUAUGUUUUUCAAGUAGAUGAUUUAAACCACUUACCACAAACAUUUGCAUGACAUAUACACUCAAGUGUGUCGACUUUUUAUCAUGCUUGAGGGUAUGUUUGCACCCAGUGAAGUCCACUGGAAUCUGAGUUACAUAAAUGUGUAAAGAUACAAUAUAUUAUUUUCUAUAUUUUUCUGUUUUAUAAACCUUGUUCUGCAUGGGUAUUUUUGAUAACUAAGGUUCUCUUCCUCCCAUGAAAGUGGCAUUAUGAAGUGUAUCUACUGUUAGUACUGACCUUGGUUGUGGUUUAAUAUUUUAACCAUUGAAUUGAGAUUUGGUUUUGUGUAUUUUAAAUUAUGGAAUUACUUGAAUGGUUAAUAUGUUAUGAUAGAUUAUAUUUUAGGUAUGAUCCUGUGUGCCGUAUCAACCCCAUAUUGCGUAUUCGCGGUAUAAUGGAAGUCUGGACACAUCUGUAUAGAGACCGCUGCCUCUCAAUCAAACAUACUAUUUUGUUUUCCCCUUUGGUUCACUGACAGCUACAUGAUCAUUUGGGCUCGGUAAGAAUCCCUUAGCUAUAGGUAUUCAAGAAACUUGUUUGUUGACAGAAUUUGUAAGGCAGGUUUUAUGUUUUUACUCCAAAAUACCUGGGGAUGUGCAUCCCUCUAGAUUUAUAUAUUUAUCAUAGCAAAUUCAUCUCAAGGGGAGUCUGUAGUGCCAAAUACAAAACAUUUAAAUGUUUCGUACAUUUCUGUGUGCAGUAAUUGAAAUAUACUCAAGAUGGCAACACACAUUGGAUUUACUUUUAAAAAAAGUUUCAUAUGUAUAAAUACAGAUGGGAUCUGCUUGAUGUCUUUGUAGUGUUGUCAUGUCAUUUAUAAAAUGCAGAUUACUUGCUCUCCUUUGUAGGGGUCAAUUUCCCAAAAACAUUGUUACUAACUGUGUUACACUACAAUACACUAUACGGACAAAUGUAUUGGGACACACCUCUCAAUCAUUGAAUCAUUGGCGUUUCAUUCAGACCUAUUGCCACAGGUGUAUAAAAUCAACCACCUAGCUAUACAUGUAGUCAGGUUUACAAACAUUUGUGAAAGAAUGAUUCAUUCUGAAGUGAAUUCAAGUGUGGUACUGUCAUAGGAUGCCAUCUUCGCAAUGAGUCAGUUCAUGACAUUUCUUCCCUGAUAGAUAUUCCACAUUCAGUUAUAAAUGGUAUUAUUGCAAAGUGGGAAUGUUUAGGAACAACAGAAACUGCUAGGAAGUGGCAAGCCAUGUAAACUAACAGAAUGGGAUCACCGAGUGCUGAGACUUUGUUGACUCCAAAUUUCUUCUGGCAUCAACCCCAGCACAAAAACUGUAUGCUGGAAGCUUCAUGGAAUGAGCUUCCAUGGCUGAGCAGCUGCAUGCAAGCUUCACAUCACCAAGCGCAAAGCCAAGCAUCGGACAGAGUGGUGUAAAGCACACUGCCACUGGACUACGGAGCAGUAGAAACGUUCCGUGGAGUAACGAAUAAGCUUCUCUGUCUGGCAGUCUGAUGGACGAGUCUGGGUUUGGCAGAUACCAGAAAAACGUUACCUGACUGACUGCGUUGUGCCAACUGUAAAGUUUGGUGGAGGAGGGAUUAUGGUAUGGGGUUGUUUUUCAGGGGUUGGGUUAGGCCCCUUAGUUCCAGUGAAGGGAACUCUUAAUGCUUCAGCAUACCAAGACAAUUUGGGCAAUUCUAAGCUUCCAACUUUAUGGGGACAGUUUGGUGAAGGUUCUUUUCUGUUCUAGCAUGACUGUGCCCCAGUGCACAAAGCAAGGUCCAUAAAGACAUGGUUGGGUGAGUUUCGUGUGGAAGAACUUGACUGGCCCACACAGAACACUGAAUUCAACCCCAUCAAACACCUUUGGGAUGGACUAAAACAGAGGUUGCGUGCCAGGCCUACACAUUCAACAGCCGUGUCUGACCUCACAAAUGCUCUUCUGGGUGAAUGCGCAAAAUAUUCCUACAGACACUCCAAAAUCUUGUGGAAAGCCUUCCCAGAAGAAUGGCAACUGUUAUAGCUGCAAAGGGGGAAUCAACUCCAUAUUGGUGCCUAUGGAUUUAGAAUGUGAUGUCAUACAAGUUCCUGUAGCUGUGUUGGCCAGGUGUCCCAAUACUGUUGUCAGUAUAAUGUAAGUGCAAAGUAAGAUGGAGAAAUCAAGCCCAAAAACAAGCCAAAUAUAUACGGCUACAUGGAAACAAAAUUUGUCCAGUGUUUGUGAUAUUAUGCAUGUUCCUUGUAAAUAUAACUUACAUACAACAGUAA